CACGUCGGGCACCGGCACGUCACGGUGUCGACAUUCAAAAAGCGAGCCAGGUUGGAGCUGUCCAGCGCUUUCCUUGCCUCGCCACCCAUCCUAACAACCCAACCCAUCACCUACAACAUGUCGUCGACUAUCAACCCUGUCUACGAGUACCUCCACACGCUCACGGUCGGAGAUGUCAACCGUGACCUGACCAUGGUUGUUGCUGACGCCAGCGACGACAUCAAUGAGGUGGUCACGUCGAUGGCCAGCCACGGCAUCACCUCGCUGCCAGUGGUCAAGGACGGCGCGUGCGUCGGACACGUCGACUCGCUCGACAUCGUCUCGCACAUUGUGGCCGCUGCGCCGUCCGAGGCCGAGAUGGCUGCCGACGAGGCCGACCGCAUCGAGAUGUUCCGGCGCGCCAUCCGCAUGCUCGCUGUCGAGCACAUCAUGGACGCGUCCGGCCGCGACCCGUACGUCCCGCUCCACAAGCACCAGCCGAUCACCACCGCGCUCUCGCUCUUUGCACUCGGCAUCCAUCGCUGCCCCGUCGUGUCUGAGGACGGCACCGUCGUCUCGCUCCUCUCGCAGUCGGACAUCCUCGCUCACCUCACCGGCAUCGCCAGCGAUGAUUCCAUCAACCAUCUCGAGCGCGGCCACCUCGGCCAGUUUGCCGAGCAGGAGCUCGCCGCCCUCGGCCUCGACCACACGGACAACCUUGUGGUGGUCGCCGAGUCCGACUCUGUCUGGUCGGCGCUCAAGCGGCUGCAGGCCAACAACGUGACUGCAGUCGCCGUCACCGAUGCCUCGGGCAAGCUCGUUGCCGACCUCUCGGCCACCACCCUCCGCGGCCUGGUCUUCGACUCGUACCCGCUGCUCCUUGACUCGAUCCACAACUUUCUGGCUACCCAUGUCAAAAACCCGAGCCCACCUGUUGUCUGCAGCGCCUCGACUUCGUUUGGCCAGGCCUGCCAGGACAUGGCUUCCGCCCACGUUCACCGGCUGUGGUGCGUCGAUGCUGCCGGCACUCCGGUUGGCGUCUUCUCGGCCACUGAUGCCAUGCGGACCAUCGCAAACGUGGCCUUUACCGCCGAUCCGUAAACCCCCCGCCCUUCC